CGGCGGCGGUACGAGGCGCGCGCUCGGGGUCCCGGUCGCGAGGAGGAGGAGGAUGUGGCGCGCGGAGGGGAAAUGGCUGCCGAAAACAAGCCGGAAGAGCGUUUCCCAAAGUGUAUUCUGCGGAACUAGCACCUACUGUGUUCUCAACACCGUGCCACCUCUAGAAGAUGAUCAUGGGAACAGCAAUAGUAGUCAUGUAAAAAUCUUUUUACCGAAAAAGCUGCUUGAAUGUCUGCCGAAAUGUUCAAGUUUACCCAAAGAGAGGCACCGUUGGAACACUAAUGAGAGAUCAUGA